UUUUGAAAAUCCGAAAAUACUUGUUGGCGUUGGCUUCACGUUAUCACACACACACACACAGCUAGCAAAUAUCCCAGCCCAACCAGCUAGCUAGCUAGCUCCCUCCCAGCUGGCUACUUACUUGUUCUAAACAACGGGAGCGUCUGCUUGCUUUAGGUCCAGCGCAGCCCAACCAGGCUGUGGUUAAUGGCUGUACCAUGAAGGCACAACUUCAAGUCACUGUCCUGUCAGCUAAACUGAGAGAAAACAAAAAGAACUGGUUUGGGCCCAGUCCGUAUGUGGAGGUGGCUGUGGAUGGUCAGUCGAAGAAAACCGAAAAGUGCAACAACACACACAGCCCCAAAUGGAAGCAGUCCCUCACAGUGAUAGUCACCCCGUUUAGCAAGCUGGUAUUCCGGGUAUGGAGUCACCAGACCCUGAAGGCGGACAUCUUGCUGGGGUUGGCUACCCUGGAGAUCAGUGAAACACUCAAGUCCAAUGAAAUGAAACUGUGUGAGGUGGUGCAGACGUUGCAGCUGUGCUCGGACAGGGACCCCAGGGACGGCGCGGGGGACCUGUCCGUGUGUCUCGACGGCAUGCAGGUGGACCCCGAGACCUUCGCCUCGGCCGAGAGAGAGCGUGCUGCCGUUCCCAACGGGGACCUGAGACAGAACGGAGACUGUGGCAACAGAUCCAGCCGAGACACGUCUCCCUCCAGCGACUCCAACGAGGACUGGGUCAUCGUGCCCAACGGUCACCCCGUCAACGGCACGGGGUCUCCCGCCCCGUCCCCCGGGGGCUCCAGCGGCUCUCGCCCUCCCAGACCUGCCCGCCCCCCUCCUCCCACCCCCCGCCGACCAGCGGCCUCCCCAGCCUCCUCCAGCAGCUCCACCCCCAGCGAGAUGAGCGAGGCCCCGGCCACCGACGGCUUGUCCCAGGCCUCGGCCAGCGGCAGCGCCGACUACCAGGAGCCCCCCGCGGGGCCCUCGCAGGCCCCCGGCGCCCCCCCUGCAGCGGAGGCUCCGGCAGUGACCCCAGCCCCGGGCCCCAGCCCCAUCUCCAAUGGACCGCUGCCCCCAGGCGUGUCUCUGGGUGUGUGCAGCUGGGAGCAGAGAGUGGACCAGAACGGCCGUCUGUACUUUGUGGAUCACAUUGAGAAGAGGACCACCUGGGACCGACCCGACUCACUUCCUGCGGGGUGGGAGCGGCGGGUGGACCCCAUGGGCAGGGUGUACUUCGUGGACCACAUCACGCGUACCACCACCUGGCAGCGGCCCACGCAGGAGUCGGUGCGGAACUACGAGGAGUGGCAGCACCAGCGCAGCCAGCUGCAGGGGGCCAUGCAGCAGUUCAACCAGAGGUUCAUCUACGGGCUCCAGGACCAGCUUCCGCCCACACCAAAUAAGGAGUUUGACCCACUGGGGCCGUUGCCACAUGGCUGGGAGAAGAGAACGGACAGUAACGGCAGGGUGUACUUCGUCCAGCACACGACGCGGACCACCCAGUGGGAGGACCCCAGGACGCAGGGCUUGUUGAACGACAAGCCGCUGCCUGAGGGCUGGGAGAUGAGGUUCACGGUGGACGGCAUCCCCUACUUUGUGGACCACAACAGGAGAACCACCACCUACAUCGACCCUCGCACAGGGAAGUCCUCGCUGGAGAACGGGCCUCAGAUAACCUACGUCAGGGACUUCAAAGCCAAAGUUCAGUACUUCCGGUUCUGGUGUCAGCAACUGUCGAUGCCCCAGCACAUCAAGAUCAGCGUCACCCGCAAAACCCUGUUUGAGGAUUCCUUCCAGCAGAUCAUGAGCUUCCACCCACAAGACCUCAGACGACGUCUCUGGAUCAUAUUCCCAGGAGAGGAGGGUCUGGACUACGGAGGUGUAGCCAGGGAGUGGUUCUUCCUGCUGUCCCACGAGGUGCUGAACCCCAUGUACUGUCUGUUCGAGUACGCCGGGAAGGACAACUACUGCCUCCAGAUCAACCCUGCCUCCUACAUCAACCCCGACCACCUCAAAUACUUCAAGUUCAUUGGACGCUUCAUCGCCAUGGCUCUGUUCCACGGGAAGUUCAUCGACACGGGCUUCUCCCUGCCCUUCUACAAGCGCAUCCUGAACAAGCCCCUGGCUCUCAAAGACCUGGAGUCCAUCGACCCCGAGUUCUACAACUCCCUCAUCUGGAUCAAAGAUAACAACCUGGAGGAGUGCGGUCUGGAGAUGUACUUCUCUGUGGAUAAGGAGAUCCUGGGCGAGGUCACCACCCACGAGCUGAAGCCCGACGGAGGGAAUGUUCUGGUCACCGAGGAGAACAAGGAGGAGUACAUCCGGCUGGUGGCAGAGUGGAGGCUCUCCCGGGGUGUCGAGGAGCAGACUCAGGCCUUCUUUGAAGGCUUUAAUGAGGUCCUCCCCCAGCAGUACCUGCAGUACUUUGAUGCCAAGGAGUUAGAGGUGAUGCUGUGUGGGAUGCAGGAAAUAGACCUGGUGGACUGGCAGAGGAACGCCAUCUACAGACACUACGCCCGCAGCAGCAAGCAGAUCCUCUGGUUCUGGCAGUUUGUGAAGGAGAUGGACAAUGAGAAGCGCAUGAGGCUGCUGCAGUUUGUCACGGGAACCUGUCGCCUCCCCAUGGGCGGUUUUGCUGACCUCAUGGGGAGUAACGGCCCUCAGAAGUUCUGCAUAGAGAAAGUGGGCAAGGAGAACUGGCUUCCAAGAAGUCACACAUGCUUUAACCGUCUGGACCUGCCUCCCUAUAAGAGCUACGAGCAGCUGAAGGAGAAGCUGAUGUUUGCCAUCGAGGAGACGGAGGGCUUCGGCCAGGAGUAGCAUCACUGAUGCUGCUGGGAGCAGGCUGUGGAGGACUGGCCUCCCAACACCACUGUGCCCACAGCACCUUCCUGUUACUUUUCCUGCGGUUUCAGGCACUUUGUCCGGCGGUCAGACAUGGCGUCUCUCUCGCUCUCUGUCUGCCUAUCUCUCUCUCUCUGUCUGCCUGUCUCUCUCUCUGUCUGCCUAUCUCUCUCUCUCUGUGUCUGUCUCACUGCAGCCAAGAGCUGCUCAAAGACACACACACACCCCAUCCGCAGCUAGAGAGCCCGAUGCAGAACUGACGAACCCCCCCACCCCUCCGUUUCCAUGGUGAUGACCGCCCCACCACCACCACCCCUCUCUCCUGACCUGUGAGACCCAGGUCCAGCUUGCCUAACCCGGCCUGCUCAGCCCGCCUGUCAGGAACAGGAGGAGCCCGUGGGAGGAAGGGGGCUUCCACCCUCGCCUAGUCACGUGUGCAACUCACUGUACGUGUGUGUGUGUGUGUGUGUGUGUCCUGCCUCACUGCAGUGUUUCAUGGAUCAUGGAAGAGUCAGACUGACCUAUGCACUUCCUCAGCGUCUUUGAACCCUUUCAGUUCCCCUCGGCUGUCUGAGCCCGUACCGAGCGAGAGGAACAACCCGACGGAUGCCAGGAUUGCGUUCUGUAGCAUUCGCGAGUGAGCGCCGUCCCUUCGUUCACUCGGCGACGUUUAGAGAUUGCAGUAUGUUAACUUAUUAAGCUGUCCCGCUUCCCCCCCCCCCCUAACUGAAAUCUAACUUCAGCCCUCAAGGAUCUUACCUGUGUGUGUGUGUGUGUGUGUGUGUGUGUGUUAAUGUAGUUGUGAAUGGAGUAAUAAGAGGAUAUAUUUUCACGUGCAAUAGUUUUUGUAGAUGAAAUUUUGUGUGCUCAUAAUAUAGUAUUGCAGACGCUUGUUCAAUCCAAAGUUUGUCUCUAGAAGCAGUUAGGACUUCUUUUUUUUCCCCCUCUCUCUCAGCUCACGUUAUCAAAACCUCUAAUACAGAGGUUGGCAAAACCUUCAAGGUAAAAGACAUGUCUGAUGGGUAAACCAGGUUGGCUGUUGUAAGAUCUGACCUCCCCCCCCCCGACCACGAGGCUGCUUCUCCAGGACUGGGUGUAAACAUCCAGAGGAUAACACAUGAGCCAAACCUAGCAGUUGUUUCCACGACAGAUCAGAGGCGUUACUAAUGAUGUGGGAGUGUUGUGCGCGUGUGUGAACGUGGAUGAGACUGCUCGGCCAAUGAAUUGACACUUCUACUCCUACUGACGGGUAUCACUCUUUUCAAGAACAUGUAUCGAUGAGAUAAAAGGAUUCGUUAAACCUCGAAUAUUUGGAAUGUUUAAGGUUUAAGAUAUGACACCAAAAAGUUAAGAGAAGCCUGAAAAUGACUAGUCCGCUCCCGGGCCCAUAGCCCUAGUUCUAUAGGGUUCUGAUUUGUAGUACAGCUCUAUAGAAAAUACUCUCUUUUUUUUAUAAUCAGCGCAAGCGUUGCAUUUUUUUUUGUCCCAAAGUAAAGGGUAGCAAAUGCCUGUGAAGGAAAGAUUCACCAGCUCUAUGUUUGAGGAAACAGAAGUUGGGUAAGAUGACAGUGAGUGACUGCACAAAAUCUAUAGCUCCAAGCCCAUCAUAUUUUGUGGCUGUGGUUUCUUAAAGCAUAUCCUUAGCGGGCAUCUUAAUUAGCACAACUUCUAUUUUAGCUCGACUGAAAUAAUGAUUGGUCUUUUUCUAGAUCGCAGUAAUUAGUCGCCAAACAAAAGCAUGCAGUUUCACUACACACAACAGACACUUAAGUGAAAGAUCGACUUGAUUGACAGGUGAUAUCCAAGCACUGUGUACAAAGUUAUGUAUGAGUACAUUGAUUGGGUUUUUACUCCCAAUUGCCCAGAAAGAGAUCAAGUCUAGAUAACAGAUGGCGACGUUCUAUUGAGAGCCUACUUUUAAGUUAGUGAUCAGGAUUUUUGACUCAUAAAUUCUAAUCCCCAGCCUCUGUCACAUUAGGCCCAUAUAUACCCUUAUGUUGUCAAUGGCUGUGUUCUCUCUCUCUCUGGCUUGGCUGUGUAUAGUGCUUUGGGUAAAGUUGUGUCCCUUUUGAUCCACAGCAUCCUUGUACUGACUCAUGACUGCUACUCAUUUUGGCUCACUGUGUUCUAGUGCACUGCCUUGUGAAGAGAUUGCUGUUUCAAAACAUAAUCUAAAUUUGUCAAUUAAAUGUAGAUUAUUUUUUUCAGUAUUUAACAAGUAACUAGAGAUAGCACCUUGACAGCUUACUUGACUGAUUUACCACUUUAAAUUAUUGUUUUAUUUUUAAUAAUUUAGUGUUCCUGGAUCAUAGGGGAACGAAAUGUAUAGACAUAUGCAAAUGCUAAUACUUUGAAUUCUAAUAAUUGAAUUGUAAAUCAUGUUGAUAGUGUAAUCACUGUAUUUUUCUUUGUGGAAGCUCUAACCUUUUGAUAAAUGGGAGUCAAUGGUUGAAUACUAUUUAUUUGUUCUCAUGUUAAUGUGAAAAGGGUGAAUAUGUUAUGUAAAUCUGUCAAAAUUGAUUUGGAAAAUUCUCAAAUAAAACAAUGAGCUAUU